GCGAAGCCGAGGUCCCCGAGACUCCAGUCUUCCCGCCCGGAGCCCCGCGGAGCAGAGAUCCUGGAGCCACGUCCGCGCCCCGGGAGAAGCCGACCCUGCUUCUCUCCGCCUCGGCCUCUUUGGCUGUAGCCGCACCUCGGCUCCGGAGCACAGGGCUUCGUGUGCUUCGUAGUGACAGGUGGAAAUGAAGGGCAGUGUGAAGCCAGUGAAGAAAACCAAAGCGGAAGAACCUGAAUUGGAGCCCCUGUGCUGCUGCGAGUACAUAGAUCGAAAUGGGGAAAAGAACCACGUGGCUGCUUGCUUGUGUGAUUGCCAAGAUCUGGACGAAGGGUGUGAUAGAUGGAUCACGUGUAAGUCCGUGCAGCCUGAGACCUGUGAAAAGAUCAUGGACACAAUCUCAGACCGCCUCCGGAUUCCUUGGCUUAGGGGAGCCAAGAAAGUUAACAUUAGCAUCCUUCCCCCACUGUUCCUGCUGCCUGUCUUCCUCCGUGUGGCUUCCUGGCAUUUCUUGCUGGGGGUGGUGGUUUUGACCUCCCUCCCCAUGCUGGCUCUGUGGUACUACUACCUCACUCACAGAAGGAAAGAACAGACUCUGUUUUUCCUGAGCCUCGGACUGUUCUCCCUGGGCUACAUGUACUACGUGUUCCUGCAGGAAGUGGUCCCCAAGGGGCGUGUGGGGCCCACUCGGCUGGCUCUUCUUACCUUCGGGUUAUUGCUCAUCCUCUUUGCCUUGUACAGAGCCAAGAAGAAUCCAGGCUACCUCAGAAACCCAGCACACAACAACAGGGCUCUAAGUGACAGCCAGGUCGAAUGCCUGAACAGAAAAGGGCCUGAGAAGACCAAGGGGUUCCCCAGUGCAGAUCUGUUGGGCAGUCUCAACAACCGCGCUCCCAAGGAUGAGACUAAGGACUCCCCGAGGACAUCGGCCGGAAGCCCGGCCAAAGGGAGGGAGGACUGGUGCACCAAGUGCCAGUUGGUGCGGCCAGCCCGGGCGUGGCACUGCCGGAUCUGCGGCAUCUGUGUGAGGAGGAUGGAUCAUCACUGUGUCUGGAUAAAUAGCUGUGUCGGAGAAUCAAACCAUCAAGCAUUUAUACUUGCCCUUUUGGUCUUCCUGCUCACCUCGGUGUAUGGGAUAACGCUGACCUUGGACACCAUCUGUACAGACAGAAGUGUCUUCACAGCUCUCUUCUAUUGCCCUGGAGUAUAUUCAGAUUACAGCUCGGCUCUGUGCUUCACCUGCGUGUGGUACUCUGUGAUCAUCACGGGGAGCAUGGCCUAUAUCUUCCUGAUCCAGCUGAUAAACAUCAGCUACAACGUGACCGAGAGGGAGGUGCAGCAGGCCCUGCGACAGAAGACGGGGCGCCGGAUGCUCUGCGGGCUCAUUGUGGACACAGGUGCUUGCACACUUGUGACAAUGACUGGACAAGAACAGACACUCCUAUGGGAAACAGUUCACUCUUCCUGGCUGGGUAGGGUGGCUGGUUAUACCAAGGGCUUGACGUUUUUGUUCACCCCCCCAGGCUCCUCUGUCCAUUGGAUUCUCCUGGCAAGAAUACUGGAGUGGGAUGCCAUUUCUUCCACCAGGGGAUAUCCCCGACCCAAGGCUCACACCUGUGUCUCUUACAUCUCCUGCAUUGGCAAGCAGAUUUUUUACUACUGGUGCCACCUGGGAAGCCCCCAGCUGAAGAUAAAGAUGAAGAUGGUCUUUACUCAAAAGACCAGACUCAUUUGGGAGAAUGAAGAAUGAUCACCAUCUUUAUAACACACACCCACAAUAGGGUUACCUGGAUGGGCAAUUCACUGUUUCCCUCACUCAGAUAAGGACUUUUUUUUUGCAUAUUAUUCUGGCUGAUUGGAAUUAAGGUGCUUGUUUGAAGUUGAGAACUUCAUGAUUGGCAGUUUACAGAAGAAAGCACAAACCUUGGCAAAGCUCAGUGGUUUUGUGGAGGUAAAAGCCUAUUGAAGUAUUUGCACCAAAAGGAGCAACAGCCAAGGGACUAUCUGUGAGCAGUUUCUGUAGACUCUGGGACGUUCUUUAGCUGUACUCCUGGACUUUCAAGCCUUUUUACCAUCUGGAACCAUAUGAGGGAUUUUGUUCUUUUAAAGGACAAGGCCUGGAGAAGGAAAUGGCACCCCACUCCAGUAGUCUUGCCUGGGAAAUCCCAUGGACAGGGGCCUGGCGGGCUGUGGUCCGUGGGGUCGCAAAGGGUCAGACACGACUGAGGGAGGAGCAGGCGCUUGCCCCGGCGCUUUUGAUGGCAGAGCCAGGACUGUGGCUGAGGACUGCCAGCUCCCAGGCCUCUCUCACCAGAUAGGAGCAUGGAAAACUAGAAUCUAAAAUAGCCUGAGGGCUUUCCUGGCAGCUCAGUGGUAAAGAGUCGCCCCCCUGUCAAAGCAGGGGACUCGAGUUCCACCCCGGGUCUGGGAAGACCCCAGAUGGCAGACCAGCUGAGUCCAUGCAUCACAGCCUCUGGGUCGGUGCUCUGGAGCGUGGGAGCUACAGUACUGAGGUCUGUGGGCGCCAGAGCCCGUGCUCUGCAACAAGAGGAGCCACCGCAGUGAGAAGCCUACACCCCCCCUCCCCACACACACACUGGAGAGCAGCCUCUGCUUGCCGCAGCUAGAGAAGAGCCCACACAGCAUGAAGACCCUGCACAACCACAAAUAAAUAAACUCAUUGAAAAAAACGCAAAAAAAAAAAAAAGGACAAGGCCUCUGUGAAUGAAUGAGCCCCAGAGAAAGGUGGUGGUGACUGUGGGGAAUUGCCCAGCAAACCUGAAGCCCACAGUUUCUUGGCUAUAGGAGCAGGCUUGCCCCAAUAUAGUGCAGACAAGUGGGUCUCCCCCUUUCACCCCAUGUCCUCAGCCUCUGUUAAACAUACUGGAUGUGGAGUUUACUAAAUGAUCUACUGUGAUCUGACCACUUACAUUAUGGUCAUGCCACUGUGUCCUCUUCCUGGGGAAGAGAAAGGGGUCCACUUGGAAGAUCAGAGGGAGAAACCAUUAAGGAUCAGGACUGCAUAAAGGGAGAAAAUCCUUCAAUACUUAAAAACGUUUCUUAUGGUACCCAAAGAGUACUUUGUGGUUAUUGCUGGUCACACCUGAAGCAAGCUGACCAUCUGUUGACAAUGCCUUUUUGGUAGGUUUCUCUGAUGCUGCUGAAGUCAAGCCUUAAGUGUGUUUUGGGGAUGCUGGGUUGCUCUUCUCAUGUCAGCCACCGGUGUGUGUGUGUUUAGGAUCCUAUAAAUCUUUGCUUUCCAAGUAGUGGUGGUUUCCUUUGGUGAAUGAAGUACUGGUCUUCCACUGUACCAUCUGCCUAGCAGAAAGACUGCUACAGACUUUCUCUUAUGCAGUAGUCCUUGGUAUUUGUAAAAUUUUUAGCAAGAAAAAAUUUUCUAUACUAGAGUCUUCCACUGCCAGAAGACACAAUGCUGUUAAGUUUCUCUGUAAGAGUGACCUUCUGCUUAAUAGACUGCCUUUGGGUAGGAUGUUAGCUUUUUUAUUAUUAAAUUCAACUUAUAUAAGCAAAAAUAUGACAUCUUGAAGCACAGUUUUAACCAGGAUGUUUAAAAAUUAAUUUUUGUGAGGUUUAAGGUCUCUUUAAAUUAGGUAAGUAGGUUUAUAUGACAACUUCAUUUUAGCCAUAUUUUGGUAUCCUGUAUUUUAAAAAGCAUUUCCUCAAAUAAGAAAUGGAUAAUGGAGACUUUUGCUUGAGGCACCUGUUUGGAAAAUGGUUUUCUCAUUAGAAGCUGGAAAAGUGUGCCAUUUUGUAUUAAACAUUACAAAGGUGAUGCAGGCUGUGAAUGAGAACUAAGCUUCACUUAAUGCUGAAGAAAAUUCAGUAUGUUCUUCUGGAUGUUUGUUGUGACUAAUACAAACUUUUUGCAAAAUCAGCAAAAUCCUGUUUCUAAUGGAUAGUUAUUCCCACUUCAGUUGGCACAAAGCUUUUCACUGUAGUAUCAGCAGCAGGUCAAAAACUGGUUGAACAGAGACCUUUAGGGGUUGUGACUAUUUCCAUCAGGCCUGUGACUUGUCACUACUCUAACCUUCCUGAUGGCAUCUUUUACUUAUAGAAAAAUCAUACUUCUGAGAGCAAAGCUUUAAAACCACAGCUAGUCUAUUCUAGUUAUGGAUGCAACUAAAAUCCGCUGUUUCUUCAGAUGGUGCCACUGACAAGAUGCUGUGUUAUAGAACUCACAAACUCAUCCUGUUGUGAUCCUAUGGUCUGCGUGAUUUUGACGGUUUGAGUUGUUAGGGCUUCUGAGACUUUUCAUAUGAUUACAUUUCUGGGUCUGAUGUUAGACUAGAGGAAGCCCAGGAAAAUUUAUUUAAUAUUAAAUUUCAUAUUUAAUGUAACUAACUCAGCAACGUUAGAGGGGAUUUCUGAAGCCAACUCUGGAGGCUGUGGGCUAAACGUUUUGCACUGUUUUUAUACUUGUAUUCAUAUCCUCUUACCACCUCAGACUCAGACACAAGGCCUUUUAAGUGGAGAUUUAAAAAAUGACUGCCAUUCAUGUAAAAUAAUGUACUGUGACCAAGUUGUUUAAAGGGAAAAUAAAGUGCUUUCUUUAAGGAAAA